AUGGAAUACUCGUCGCCGCUGGCGGCAAUACGUCCGCAGCCACAUCCAGGCUUUGGCGGCAACCGGAAGGACAUUCCUGACUUCCGGAGCAUCAACCAUGGGUGCAACACCAUUGGGCCUUUCGACUUCAAGGCAAUGAGCAUGCACACCCAGAAGCCACGCAGGCCAGACUACUUCUCGCUGCGACCUGUCCGAGGAUCGUCGCCCACCGCGAGCCUCACGGCCGAUCUCGACGCCAACUUCCACAUCGAUAAAAGCCCGGCAGCACCUACACCGCGCAGGUCUUUGUUCACCACCGACCUGUUCAGGCCUCGCGAAAAUGUCGCCACCCCACCUAUCGAGAUCGAGCCUGCCACCACCCCGCCCAUCGUCUCGUCGUCGCCGUACUGCGACGCGAUGGACAUCUCGCCGCUGCCCCACAAGCUGCCUUUGACCUUCCAGGUCACUCUUCCAUCACCGACCCCAGAACUCACGCCCGAAGACGUGCACGAGAUCUCACCGGACUUACUGCAGCCAGACGGCCUGUCCGAGCCACCACCGAGCUUCCUUGCGCUUCCCGAACCCGUCACCCGCCCAGCGCUGUCCCGAACGAAGGGUUACUCCGCCAGCUGCAUUCCUCAGCGACCAUCAAGUGCCGAGACACAACUACCGCCGUUUCGGUUCGGCAAUGUCGCAACUAGUGGUCUCGCAUGCUCGUCGACGCCCUGUCUGCUAGACAGCUUCACAGACUCCCCGGUAGACGAGCUGCGGCCGUCCAGUGCAGCAGGCUCGAUGCCACCUCCACCACGGAGGACGUCGCUCAGCCAACGUAACAAUGGCUCGCCGUCGGCAGGUCACGUCAGGAAGCCUUCUGCUGGACGGCCUAACUUCGUUCGGCCACAGAGGAAGAUGAUGCGGAGAUCACUGAGCAUGUUUCAGCACCCCGAUGAUGUGAUGAAAGAAGAGCAAGAUACCUUCGAGUCCCAGCCCAGCUUGCUCUCUUCGGUCAUGGACGUUGAGCAGGAGCACUCGCCUAAGCUACCUCACUUCGUUCCAGACGAACCCGACAGCUUACCACGCAUCAGCCAGGAAACCAUGAUAGACGUCCUCGACUCCAAGUAUACUGAUCAGUACGACCGCAUCGUCGUUGUCGACUGCCGAUUCGAAUACGAAUAUGAAGGUGGCCACAUCGACAGCGCCGUCAACUUCAACGACAAGCAACAACUGGCCACUGAGCUCUUCUGUGAGAACGUGCCGGCUAACACCCUGCUCAUCUUCCACUGUGAAUACUCGGUCCACCGUGCGCCACUUACCGCGAAGUUCAUUCGUAGUCACGAUCGCACUGUCAACGCAGCAAACUACCCCAACCUGACUUACCCGGAGAUGUACAUCCUUGAUGGCGGCUACAGCAAGUUCUUCUCGGAGCACCCGUCGAAAUGUUUCCCUCAAAACUAUGUCGAAAUGAACGAUCAGCGACAUGAACAGGCCUGCGAACGCGGCAUGGCAAAGGUCAAGAACCAGCGCCAAAAACUCUUCCGCAACCAAACCUUCGCCUUUGGCCAAAAUGAUGACAUGGAAGAUUCGCCCACUGCUCUAGGACGAACGUUGGGUCCACGAAGCCAGAGCACCUUCGCCGUCGGCGCAGAUAUUGCCGAGGGCAUUGGUCAAUCCUUCCAACGCCGCAUGGCAUCUUACUGA